AUGGCAGCCUUCCUGGCCAUUCCCAGUGAGGGCCUCCCUGCAGGCAAUGCUCCUGGGUGGGCAUGUGAGGGGCCAGGGGCCAGUGGCAAGAACCGCCGCGUGUGCCAUGCCAUGGCACGGCUGGAGAUGGGCAACCUCUGGGAGGAAUUCAACCGUCUGGGCACCGAGAUGAUCGUCACCAAGGCAGGCAGGAGGAUGUUCCCCACCUUCCAGGUGAAGCUGUCAGGGUUGGACCCAUUGGCCGACUACGUUCUGCUGAUGGACUUCGUGCCGUUGGAUGACAAGAGAUACCGGUACGCCUUCCACAGCUCGUCCUGGCUAGUGGCUGGCCGUGCUGACCCAGCAGCUCCUGGCCGUGUCCACUUCCACCCUGACUCACCAGCCAAGGGUGCGCAGUGGAUGCGGCAGAUCGUCUCCUUUGACAAGCUCAAGCUCACCAACAACCUCCUGGAUGACAAUGGCCACAUCAUCCUCAACUCCAUGCACCGCUACCAGCCCCGCUUCCACGUGGUGCUGGUGGACCCCCGGCGUGACAGCGAACGCUUCGCCCACCAGAACUUCAAGUCCUUCAGCUUUCCAGAGACCCAAUUCAUGGCAGUGACGGCAUACCAGAAUCACCGGAUCACCCAGCUAAAGAUCGCCAGCAACCCCUUUGCCAAAGGGUUUCGGGACGGCGAGCCUGAGCCAUGGUGUGGCGCCACGCUGUCCCUCCCCCAGGCCACCACGCAGAACAAAGGUUUAUCUGCAUCCCACUUCCAACCUCUCCCCUACCCACCCCACAGUGUCUAUGUGGGGGCCAAGCCCCGUGCCAGCCCCUACCCCCUCCCUGCCCUGCAGCCAGAUGGCUUUGGCUAUGGGCAGCAGUGA